CGGCGCGCUGCCACCGCGACGACACGUUUUCGCGGGUGAUCUCGAAAAGAUCCUGUGUCAAACGAGCAGCUGUUGUCCGCUAUUUCUUCUCGAUCUUAAUCUCGCAGCUUUCUAAAGAAAGCCAGAGAUACGCUGCAUUAGUGAAGACUGGUUAUCGGUGACUCGUAGAACGAACAAAUCGCUUGAUUUAUAUGUUUUCUGGACGUGGCGCGGGACUGACAGCGAGGUUUGUGAGUGACGAACGAGCUCUCGAAGGGGAAAAAGCUGGCGAGGCAGAUCGUGACGAGGGGAAAGAUUUCGGAGCUGCUGGAAUUGUUGGUGUUGCGUUGGGCCAGGAUGUCGUUCUUCAGGGGUUUGUGGAAGAGCAGCUCGAAGCACAAGAAGCUAUGCGAGGAAUGGGCUCUGGCGAACAGCCGUGAAUGCGUAGAGGGUAGUGGUUCGACGAGCACGACACACGGUGAGGAAUCCGAGGAUGCGUCUGAGGCAAGGUUCACCCUCAAAUAUUUGGGCAGCACCCUCGUCGAGACGCCUUCGAGCGAAGAAGCCACAGCAGAAGCUAUCAAGACCGUCAUUACCAUGGCGAAAGCAAGCGGAAAAAAGUUGCAAAGAGUCUCUUUAGCUGUAAGCUUGAGAGGAAUCAGAAUGACAGAUUUGGCGACCGAAGAGGAUCAGCUUCAGGUAUCGAUAUACAGGAUCUCAUAUUGCUCGGCGGAUGCGACACAUGAUCACGUGUUCGCAUUCAUCGCGACGAAUCUCAACGAGACGAUGGAGUGCCACGCGUUUCUCUGCCCGAAAAGAAAAAUGGCACAGACAGUGACGCUGACUGUGGCGCAAGCCUUCAACACGGCUUAUCAGGCGUGGCAGUUGUCGCAGUCCGAUCCCAGGAUCCAUCACGCGCAGGAUAAGAGUCCUUCCUCGACCGGUGACAGGAUCGAUAACAAUGAGAAGAAGAGUGCCAGUGAGACUAAGACUACCACCGGCAAGAUUAAUGAGCAAAACAAGCAAAAUGGCCAACAGCGGCGUAACGACAGCCAGAAAAAUCUUUUAAUUGAUUUGUCAAACGAUCCGAAACCGACGGGAAAUUCAUGGGUUUGCUUCGAGGAGGAUUCGGAUGUAAAGAAGAGUCAAAAAAAAGGCGCGGCAAGCAAUAACAGUAUUCCUAUGACCACGCUUAGGCAUCACACGACAGCGUCCACUCCAGCUCACCAUCGAGCCGGGGUGGUGCCCCGACCGAGCGCCGGUUUCAAGAUGCAAAACGCCUGGGGCGAAUCCAGGUCGGUCGAUCUGAUAUGUUCGUAGCAGGCAGGAUAGCCAGCGGCCGAUAGCUUCAGGGACGUGCCGUUAAUCACAGGCCUCUGGAAACAUCUCUCGGACAACGGCCAAUCGAAAAAGACCAACGGCAAUCAUUAGACCCCUCGUCGAACUGUCCUGGCAGCUCCCAGUCGCAAUUUUAAGAUUCGGAGAAGCGGUGAUCUUCGCCGAUUAUUCAUAGUUUUAUCGAACGUUGAAGAGAGACAGUCGGGGAUACUGAUCUAGCGGUGUCUAUUUUCGUGAUGUAAUCUUAACGAAGCUACAUUAAAUCCGAGUUUCCU